GAGUACAAUGCGAAAAACAAAUCAAGUGCCUUGUGUUUGAUUUUUUUGAAAACGUAAAUGCAGGCCAAGAGGACCAAAUAUAUUAUAUGCUUUUUUGCGUUAAGAAUCAUUGUAGAUUUAAGUCGUGCCGUCAUAGAUUUCAGGAUUCUAUUCUUGAAAGUUGUACUUUCUGGAGUUUGCAAACAACAAAGGCGAUCAUGACGAUGGUAUAUCUGUUCAUUCUACAAUUAUGCGCAAUACCGGUAUCUGUAUUCUGUGGAAGGCUGGAGCAGCUAGAAGAAAGAGUACAGGCUGUUCAAACACUGGCAUUUCAGGACAUACAGAGGCUGAAGGAAAGUGUAGACAGAAAUGCUUUAAAGAUCGACACUUUAACUGACUUGAUUAACAGAACCCUGUUAUACGUUACAAGCACUGUCGAGUCAACAACAGAAUUCAGACAUGGGCAUGAUGAAAAACCGAUUGGGAGAUAUGAAAACGACGAAUACGAAAUGCUACCCAUAAAUGCAGAUGUAAAAAGACUAAAACGAGCUUUUCAGGAGCAUAAAAUGUACUCCGUGACAUUACAAGAAAACAUGAUGACACAAUUAGAAAAAGCGGUUCAUGAGAAAGACGCACUUAUCAAAAAUAUGUCUGGUUCGCUUAUUGAUUUAAAAUCUGAAAUAAAAAGUGAUUUAGAUGAAAUGCGAUCAGACAUCGCACUGAUUAUCUCCGAUGUUCAUUUGAAUACAAGUCAGAUGCUGACAAGCUUAUCACGUGUUCAGUCUGAUAGCAUACUCAUGCAGACAGACGAAAUAUUGAACGAAGCAAACAGAAGUCGAUAUAUGAUAUCAGAAAGCAUAUCUGCUGUUAAUUCAAACACACUUCAAAUGCUUAAACAAUGCUCAAAUAUAUCUGACCAAUUGGUCGCAAAUCGAUUUGAAACAGAAAAAGCGGUUCAUGAGAAAGACGCACUUAUCAAAAAUAUAUCUGGUUCGUUUAUUGAUUUAAAAUCUGAAAUAAAAAGUGAUUUAGAUGAAAUGCGAUCAGACAUUGCACUGCUGAUUUCCGAUGUUCAUUUGAAUACAAGUCAGAUGAUGAUAAGCUUAUCACGUGUUCAGUCUGAUCGCAUACUACUGCAGACAGGAGAAAUUUUGAACGAAGCAAACAGAAGUCGAUAUAUGAUAUCAGAUAGCAUAUCUGCUGUUAAUUCAAACAGACUUCAAAUGCUUAAACAAUGCUCAAAUAUAUCUGACCAAUUGGUCGCAAAUCGAUUUGAAACAGAAAAAGCGGUUCAUGAGAAAGACGCACUUAUCAAAAAUAUAUCUGGUUCGUUUAUUGAUUUAAAAUCUGAAAUAAAAGGUGAGUUAGAUGAAAUGCGAUCAGACAUUGCACUGCUGAUUUCCGAUGUUCAUGUGAAGCUGACAAGCUUAUCACGUGUUCAGUCUGAUCGCAUACUACUGCAGACAGGAGAAAUUUUGAACGAAGCAAACAGAAGUCGAUAUCUGCUAUCAGACAGCAUAUCUGCUGUUAAUGUAAACACACUUCAAAUGCUUAAAAAUUACUCUGCCCAGUUUGUCGCAAAUCGAUUUGAAAUAGAAAAUAGUCUAUCAGAGCAAAUGUCAACGAUGAAAGAUCAGAUAAGUCAAAGUGAAAAUUUAAUUAUAGCAGUCAUUUUCACUUAUUUACGCGCCAAUUCAAAUAUACGUUUGGGCGAUGCACGUGUCGUAGGGAACGGACUGGCCGGACGUGUUGAAGUACGAUAUAAUGACCAGUGGGGUACAGUUUGUGAUGACUUUUUCACUAACAUUUCCGCAACAGUAGCAUGUCAGAUGGCAGGAUUCAAAAGAGGAGUCGUUACAAACGGAUUUGGUGGAGGUUUUGGUAAAAUAUGGCUUGAUAAUGUGGUGUGUACAGGUUCUGAAAUAAAUGUGUUUGAUUGUCCAAGAAGUCAUGACAGAGAUAUAGGUGAACAUGACUGCGGCCAUAGCGAAGACGUUGGAGUAACAUGCUUUUGACAGGCUUCUAAUUGCUGUAUGAGUUCAGCUCAAACAGAAUUAUAUACCAGAAAUAAUUGUGAUGUGUAUAUAUGCAUCAGCAAUCGAAAUUAUGUUUGUAAAUCCUCUGCUCCUAUGGUAAUCACCUUCCACGAUUAUUAUAUCACGUUUGUACCUUUUUUUAUUCUUAGACUUCUAGUAUGACAGCUUUUUAUGGUGUUUUACCUUCACAUUUUGACUAAACUAUGAGGCAUAAUGUUAAAGGGAAAAAACUAUGAUCCAGUUGACAAGUUCUGUCAUUAACUAAACGUUGUACUAAAUACAACUAAAUCAUUGCAGACGACACAUGGAGCUGUUUCCUUUGUAUCAGUUAUGUUACAACAACAACAACAUUGAUGUGGCAAUGCUUCGAGCCUAAACAGUGUUGGCAUGUAGUGAAACCAUUUAAACAACACAAACCAGAUAUCAUAGAAUAUGUUUAGACGUCUGAAAUGUAUACAUUUUAAUAGUUAUAUUACGCUGCCGUCUAAACGUAAAUAUUUUAUGUUUUAAUUGUUCAUAUAUUAUCAUAAUGAAAUAUAUUGUCUCUCAUACUAGUAGUUUUUAUGAAUAUUAUGUGGAUAUAAUUGUAAAGGAUGUAAAUAUACUGUUUUACGAAACGUGAGAUUUAAAUAAAAUAUUGUACAUGACAA